UAAAUUUUGAAUGCACUACAUAACAUAGAUAUGAGUUAUGUCUCUCUGUUGUGUUUUCCAUAGCCUAUCAUCCUAGCUUGUCACCUACCACUGCCAAGAAUAUGUGAUGUAUAAAUAUAGGAAGUAAAAAACAGUAAAACAAAUUUUAAACAUAGGUGAAAAUAUCAAGUGUAGUUAGUAGUAAAAGCAACAUCAAAUGAAAAGAGAUGAACUAGAAGCUUAUGUCUAUGUGAUAGAGAGUUUUCAAUCUUUGAUCCAGGCUGAACUUUAAUGUUUAUCAAGAAAGUCUAUUUCUUUGCCAUUCUAUAUAUAUAUAUACUAGAAAAGGCUGCAAAUGCUUAACCCCACAUGUUUAUUUUAUGCCAUUAUGCAUAAUAUAUAUUAACUUAAGCUCAAAUUGUAUCUACCUUCUCCCUUCCCUCACAUUAAUCUCAUUCUCUCUGAAUUGGUGACAACUUUUUAGUGAUUGUGUCAUCUGUGACAAGGGAAAAGUAGAAUAUUUAGCUUGGUCAACUUAUGGGGAAUGACACACAAUCUUCAGAAUGGAAAAUGUUCAUAUUCUCAACAAAAGAAAGGGGAAUCAGAGUUCAGCAAAAGCUCAUUGAUUUGCUCUUCCAAGCAAGUCUUGUGUUCAUCAUGUUUCCACUUGUUGGCUCAGAACAAGAUCACAAGAAAAUCAGAGGCAUUCAUGCAAGCAACAACAGAGGCCACAACAUUAAGAAGGCUGCUGUACUUAUUGCCACAGCAGGGGCAAUCAUGUCCAUAAAGAAUUUCAACAAUUCCUUUAACAACAACCAUCAAAGACUAGGGCUUGCAUUAUAUGGUGCUGUCUGGCUCCAAGUCAUAGUUGGUAUUUUUAGGCCACAAAGGGGAUCAAGAACAAGAAGCAUGUGGUUCUUUGCACACUGGAUAAUUGGAACUGCAAUGUCCUUAUUAGGUGUUAUAAAUGUAUAUCUUGGUUUACAAGCCUACCAAGAAAAAACAUCAAGAAGCAUAACAACUUGGAACAUUCUUUUCACUGUUCAGAUAUCUUUGAUUGUUUUCUUCUACCUUGUUCAAGAAAAAUGGGACUACAUAAGAAAACAAGGAGUAGCCUUAGGCAAUGAACUAUUGGAUUUGGAUCCCUCUUUGCAAGAAAUUGGUUCAGAUAACAAGAAGGGAUUCAAGGCAGAAUCUGUUUAAGGAAAGAUGAAUCAAUGCCUUACCAUUGUUGAUCUUCAA